AUGUUAUUGUUAGUAAGUUGCGAGGAAGCAAAUCAUGAAGGUUGUGAUCGAUCACUGAAUCAAAUAUGUGCACUAAAAAGUGGAAAACUGUGUUGUAUUUGUCCUGAACAAUUCGAGCAGCAUCCAAUUACACAUGUUUGUGGUGGCGAUUUAUGCAAUCCACAAAUUGUUUCUUCAUGUCCAAGCCCUGAGAUAUGCCAAUUAACACCACAUGGAAAUUAUAGAUGUACAUGUCCAUCAAACUUUGAGCGAAAUAUAAAAUCUGGACUUUGUGUGAGUAAAUAUUCAUCAUCACCUUCAAUGCCAAGUACGAUACCAAGCGUGGACGCGUGCACUGAUUCAAAACAGUGCCAACAAAAUGAAUACUGCGCAAUGUCAUAUUUAGGGAAACGAAUUUGUCAGUGCUUGCCUGGUUACAAAGUAGACUCAAGUGGUAGAUGUCAAAGUAUUGAAACUUGUGAGCCGUAUUUGUCCAAUUCAUGUGAUGAACGUAGACGCGAAGAAUGCCUUCCAGAUGGUCACGGACACUUCACUUGUCAGUGUGCUGCAAAUUACCAUCGACAUCCAAUCACGCAUAUCUGCUUGAUUGAUGAAUGUGCUACUGGAAAACAUGAUUGUGAUGAACACGCAAAAUGCGUAGAUACUGAUGACGGAUACAUUUGUACGUGCCUCGAAGGUUACAUCGAUGAAAGUCCUAAUCAGUCAAAAAAACCUGGCAGAAUUUGUCGUCAACAAAUAGAUGAAUGUGCGAAAGGAAUUCACAACUGCUCGGCAAAUGCGAUUUGCAUUGACUUACCUAAUGGGUUUUUAUGUCGAUGCAAAGAAAAUUACAUUGAUUUCAGUCCCAAUCCACAAUAUUUUGGUGGUACAAUUUGCAAACCAUUCGUUGAUGAAUGUGCCGACAAAUCAUUGAAUACAUGCAGUGAAAAUGCAGUUUGUAUUGAUACAAAGGAAAGCUAUAAGUGCCAGUGUAAGCAAGGCUUUAUUGAUCAUGACGAAUUGAGAAAUCCCGGAAGAAUCUGCGAAAAAGCAAACCGUCUUUGCUCAACUGGUCAAAAUGAUUGUGAUAAAAAUGCAAAGUGCAUUGAAAAAGGUACCAAUGAAUAUAUUUGUGUCUGUGAUCCAGGUUUUAUCGACAAAAGUCCAGAACCUGCCAAAUCUGGUCGAAUUUGUGUAGAAUAUAUUUGCAACGAUCCAAGAAAACAUGAUUGCCAUCAAGCUGCUACAUGUACUGAAGUUGCUGGAAGCGAACGUUAUACGUGUUCAUGCCGCAAUGGCUAUAUCGAUAUGAAUCCAAGCAAGCCAGGAAGAGAUUGCAAAGAACUGGUAAAUGAAUGUUUGGAUCAGUCAUUGAAUGAUUGUGAUCAAAUAUCUACGUGUCAUGAUUUAACUCAUGGAUAUACUUGUACGUGUCCAUCAAAUUCCAAAGAUAUUUCUCCUGAUCCUCAGAGUAAGCCUGGUCGUAUAUGUUCUAUUUCUGUAAACGAAUGCAGCAAUCCAAAUUUACAUAACUGUAGUCGUUUUGCGGAUUGUAUCGAUCAAGAAGAUGGUUAUAUUUGUCGUUGUAAGCCUGGUUACCACGAUAAUAAUCCUUACAAGCCUGGAACUGACUGCACUUUUAUAUUAAAUGAAUGUGAAUCUCAAACUUUGAAUAAUUGCGAUCGAAAUGCGAAGUGUAUUGAUACUAACAAUGGCUUCAGAUGUGAAUGCAUAGCACCUUACAUUGAUAAAAAUCCAUCUCAACCUGGUACUAUCUGCCGAUAUAAUGAAUGUGAGAAUCCUGCGACCAAUGAUUGCGACGAAAAUGCCAUUUGCAUAGAUACCGACGAUGGCUACAGCUGUCAAUGCAAGCCAGGUUUUUAUGAUGGAGACAAAGAUUCAGUAAAAGCUGGAAGAAUUUGCAUUGCUCUAAGAACUCAGCAACCACAUCAUGCUGAAACGACGCCAGUGCCACCAAACUUACGUCCGUGUGGAACAAAUUAUUGUAACAAGGAUCUCGGCGAGGUAUGCAUUGGUGGUGAGACAUGCGGUUGCCGACCAGAACAAGCCCGAAGUUCAUCUACUGAGAAAUGCAUUAAUGCAAUUAGAGUUCCUAUUGAAAUCCGUAUUGUAAAGGAAGAUGAAAACCGUCUACUGUACAGUAGUGAGUAUAGUAAACCAGAAUCACAACGCUACGUGGAAAUUGUGGACAAAUUUGUAAAAGAUAUCGGCACAACCAUUAAAAAAACAAGUGUAGGACCACAAUAUAUUAUCACUGAUGUCAAUUACAUUACUAAUCCGAAAGUCAAAAACAGUACGUGGGACAAUGGAUUAUUAAUUAACGCCACAGCUGAUUUUACAUCAUCCGUAGAUCAAUGCCAGUUUUGGCAAGAAUUUCUUGACAAGUUAAAAAGCGAUAAUUACCGUCUUGGAAACGGGAAACUUCUAACAGCAAGUGAUUUGGAUCUUCUAAAUCCUUGCAGGAAAGAAGAACAUCGUGGAUUUGCUUGUGGUAAAAUGUUCUGUCAAGAAACGCUUGGAGAAAUUUGCAUUGCUGGUCGUUUGUGUGGUUGUCCGUUUGGAGAGAAACGUACAGGGCAAGGGGAAAAAUGCCGUGCAGUUGAGUCUUGGUCGCUACCUUUAUGGGUGGUUCGGGAAGGUAAUAAGGAGAUAAAUUAUGAUCAAAACCUGGCUAAUCCUCACGAUGAACAUUACAAAAAGUUAGUUUCUGGUUUUGAAAAAGGAAUCGCGGAGAGUUAUGCAAAUACACCUCUGCGAAACGCUUUUGUAAAUGCUGAAGUUAACGAUAUUAUGCGACCAAGUGAUUUCAUGAAGGGAUGGGAUAAAGGAAUUUUAUACAAUUUCACGGCUAACUUUGUGCGUGGUACGGUGGCGUCACCUGUAAAAGUUGGUAAAAGUAAGCAGUUUAUUAAUUCCAUGCAAGCAAAUCCGUUUGAUAGUUGCUUCAGAAGUGAUUGUCAUCCAGAUGCAAUUUGCACGCCAACAUCAAGUGGUUACGAGUGCAAGUGUCGAGAUACGCAUCGUGACUUAAACCCGUCAAAUCCAGGAAGAAACUGUUUAAAUGUCACUGGCGUAAAUGAGUGCGAGCGGAAUGAAUGGAAUGAAUGUGAUGAACACGCAAGAUGCAUCGAUGAACAUUAUCUUUACAGAUGUGAAUGUGUCAAACCAUAUAUUGAUGCAGCACCACCUGAUAAAUUGCCUGGGUCAGUGUGUCGUCUUGAUUACUGCUCGGAUACUCACUUUUGUUCAGCAAAUACAACUUGCGUUAGUCAAGAAGAAGGGGCUACCUGUGUAUGUAAACCGGGAUACACAGCUGUUUCAACAGAUGAAAACAUUCAGUCCAAAAUUAAAUGCUUGUUGCCGGAAGAUGUAGAUGAAUGUGCUCUUGGUCUUCACAACUGUAGCGCAGUUGCAAUUUGCACGGAUCUUCCAAAUGGCUAUGAAUGCCGUUGUCCUGAAGGAUAUGUAGAUGGUAAUCCGAAAUUACCAGGCAGAAUAUGUGCAGCACAGUUAUGUGGCUUAUGUAAUGAUCAUGGUGAUUGCCUUUAUAACCAAUCGACGCAAAACGUGACUUGCGUGUGUCAUGAUGGCUACACAGGAGAGUUCUGUGAAAUUCCGCCAUCUAAAACACUGCUCAUACUAUUUCUUAUUUUAGCAGCGUUGUUAUUACUUUUGUCUCUUUGCUGCUGCAUGUAUUUCUGCUCUAAACUCAGGUGUUUCCGUCGACGAAGUCCAGAAACAAGUAUCGGAAGUGGACAGGAAAUUUUAGGCUCCGAUUAUUAUUCCAUACCACGUGCAAAAUUAAAGAGACGUGAUAUUGAUGAAAUGACGCCUGGGUCAGGACACGGAGAUGCUGGUCAACUGCAACGUUAUCUGGACGAAGGGCGAUCUAUUUCAGGUGAUUCAACAGGAAGUUCAUCUGUUGAAUUUGAACGACGUGUUAUUACUGAUAUUACAACUCAUGAAAUCAAGACUACUACUUAUCAUGAUCCAGUGACUGGCAAGGCUAUUUACGAAGUGACCGCUACUUCAAGCAGUAACGUAGAUGGUGGUGAUGCUCAAUACAUCCAAACACCAAUCCAAAUCGAAGAUGAGCAGCAUGCUGGCGAGGAAUCGUAUGCUCGAUCAGAUUCUGCAAUGGAGCACCUUUAUUCCAGAAGUAGAACAGUAUUACCUGCUAUAGAAGCAAGUGAACAAAGUAUUACGCGUGAUGGAGUAGAGAAUUACUCUGAAAACGAAGCAUAUCGUCAAGAAGAAGAUAUUGGUGAUGCCACUUUUGAUCGAUCUACCAAGCUUUCUACGAGACGUGAUUUCCUUCCUGCUGAAUAUGGGCGUGGUGGUACAGAACGAAGAAGGAACGAAUUUACCACUACAACUAGGUCACGUGAAACUAAUUAUUACUAA